AUGGAUUCGACUUCAACAGAAACUACAUCUAACAACAAUUCAUUCUCAAAUGAUGAUUAUUCCGAAAAUCUUCAGGAAGAAUUUGUAAGAGAUUUACCUUCACAAACAAUUAAAUUUCUUUUUUGUCAUAUUUAUUUAAGGUAUCGAAAUGUGUUCGAACAAUUUUCUGAAGUUGUUCGUACACAUUAUCCAAAUAUGAUAAUUAUUGGAGAAAAUUAUCCAACAUCAUCUUUAAAAAUUUUAUUUGCACGAAUUUUAUUUGUAAUUAAAAUAAUUUUAUUUAUUUGUAUUUUUUUGGAUCAAAAUCUUUUUUCAUUUCUUAAUAUAUCAACACCAAAAAUUUAUCUAUGGGCAUUACAAAAUAAAAUUUAUGCUUGUAUAAUGAUUUAUUUUCUUUCAAAUUCACUUGAAUCAUAUCUUAUGACAACUGGUGCAUUUGAAAUAUCAAUUGAUAAUGUUCAAUUAUGGUCAAAACUUGAAACUGGUCGUUUACCAUCAAAUAAUGAAUUUAAUCAAAUAUUACAAAAAUUUACUACUAAUUCCAAUUAA